UCUUUGGGAAAGAAGUGUUCUCUUUUUUGUUAAUUGUUUAAAUUAACUGACAGAAUUGGUAUGGUGGUUGAUUUGACAGGCUAGGAGAUUAUUACUAAAUCCUGCAAUUCAUGAAGAGUUUACACGUUUAAAGAAUUUGGUUGAGGAAAAGGAGAAAGAGCUGAAGGAGAAACAGGAUACUAUUUCUGCACUCAGUUUCACUCCACAAAGCAAGAUGGGUAAGAUGCUGAUGGCUAAAUGCAGGACUCUGCAAGAGGAAAAUGAGGAGAUUGGAAAUCUAGCUUCCGAAGGAAAGAUGCAUGAGUUAGCAAUGCAACUUGCUUUGCAGAAAUCUCAAAAUGCAGAACUCAGAAGCCAAUUUGAAGGACUGCACAAACAUAUGGAGGGGCUUACGAAUGAUGUGGAAAGAUCAAAUGAAAUGGCACUUAUCUUGCAAGAAAAGCUAGAAGAAGGAGAUCAAGCGAUUGAAAGGCUGAAGAAUGAGGCGCAACAAAAGAGCGUAAUUGAGGAGGGAAUGAAGGAAAAAACUGAUUCGGCUCCUAUCCAGAAAGAGAGAGAUGAAGAGAUGAUUGAUGGGGAAACCAACAACUGAGUUAUUCAAUGCAAUUUUGUAGGAUUUAAUUAAUUUAUUCCCCUCCAUUUGUGAUUUGUGCAUCAAAUAUUAAUGUAAUUCUUUUUGGUGACAUUUAUGCUUUUCAUUUUCAAUCUGCACCACCACCAGGUUAGUGGAUGAGGUAACAUUUAGGUUCCCUCAUCCCAAAUACAGGAUUUUACCAGUGAAUUGGACCGAUUGAACCACAGAUGGGUCUAACGCCUGCCUGACCUGUUUGGCAGUUAUAAGUCUCACUGCCCAUUUUUAAAAGUCUAGUAACAAAUGUAGUAUUAGAAUCAGGUACCGGUGCAUUGUUAAGUAGAUUUCUUCCUGCCCAUUAGAAAAGGAGAGCAAUGUUUAUGCAUGUAUGCCACAAAAGCAUGCAUUGUUUACCAAGACUAAAAUAGACUACCACACCACCGUAAAAUGUGGUAGGAUUUCAUCAUUUAAAAAAGGACUUGAGAACAAUGAGCAGAUUUGGCAAAGGACCACUACAAACGAGAGAGAGAGAGAGAGAGAGAGAGAGAGAGAGA